AUGCUCAGUCGAUCAUCCAGCGAUGCCGGCACACAUCUCCGCCGCUCCAAAUCUGUGUCAACGGUCCAUCGACACCAGCCAUUUGGCCCCGAACUCUUAGAUCAUCGCAUUGCUCAGUACCAUGCUGUGGCUGCAGCUACAACUGCCUUCGCCCGAGCUCACGGUCAAGGUGCAGAGGAGCGGUCGAAGAAGCGCAGCUCGGAACUGUCACGUGCCAAAAGUACGUCCAGUCGCAAGUCACUCACUUCAGAAGGCAGUCAUUUCCCGCCUAGAGAGUCCAGCGUCCACUCUGCCAACCGUUUGAAAGCAAGUCAAGCUCCGACCACACAGCAGCCUCGAGUUUCGAAUGUGAUAACGGAAAAGUUUCCAGCCUUCUAUCCCACGCCCGGGAGCGACAGACCCUUGUCAGCCCAGCCAUCUGUCACCUUCAAUGAGAAUAUUCGACCGAGCUCUCAGCCAAGAUCUCAUCGACCGAGUGCUGCAUCAUCCAUUACCUCGCAGCAGAUACGAAAAGCCCGCUCGAUGUAUUACGCAAGCAGCGUUCAGACUGGGUCUCCGAUCGCUCGUCCACCUUCAAAAUACUUGACUACACCUCCUUCCAUUAGCGUUAGCAACGCACCAGAACUCUUACCACCAAUUUUGCCGGCUCGAAAUGCGGUGCCUUCGCCCCUCGCGUCGCCUCAGAUAUCGGUUCUCGUGGAGCCCGGCGCUACGAUCAACAAUGCUCGAGACAAGUACCUUCAAGGCUUCCAGCAGCAGCAUCGUCAAGUCAAACAUCGUCCAUCUUUAUUCCUCGCGCCGUUCAAGAAGAGGCACGAUCGAGCAAAAGCCAAAGAGCGACCUAUAUCCGCAGGUUUAUUGUCGACAUCCUCAAGCAGUCGCCAGACGCCGCUCGAGCCGAUGAUGGAGUCUUUCGAUGAUUUUGGAAUGCCGAAGCAGAAGAAGGAGAAGCGGUCGCUCUCCAACUCGAUCAGAGAUAAGUUCAAGAAGGUUUUCAGGCGAACGUCAAACAACACGACAACAAUGCCCGUUCAGCAGAUCGAAGCUAGCCGAGAUUACUUCAAUUACCAAGCUCCUCCUGCAGCAGUGUCCAGUAAAACCUUCGAGGUGCCGAGUCCCGAUGACGAGACGCUGUUGAGGGUGAGGUCACGCGGCUCUUCGCUGGAAAGGAUGCCCUCACCCUUGGCACGGCCAGGAUCGCGCGGCAGCACCCGAAGCAAGGGGAGUAAUCGGAGGUGA